UAGAAGAAAAGAGUAGGAAGGAAUGGACCCUCCUUUUUGAUGCCUUUAUACAAAAUUUCAGGUGGUUUGAUAGCACAACAUAUGUUCUUGUGUUUCAAACCAAAGCUGCUGAGUGCUCUUUGCAGCCAUGGCCUCCACUGACAAACAAGAGCAGAAGGAAGAUAAAAGGGAUGAGGAAAAGGGAGGGUUUUUAGAUAAGGUGAAGGACUUCAUCCAUGAUGUCGGUGAGAAGAUCGAAGAGACUGUGGGGUUCGGCAAGCCCACAGCCGACGUCACAGCAAUCCACAUUGAUUCCAUUGACCUGAAAAGGGCCGACAUUGUCGUCGACAUCCUCGUCACAAACCCAAACCCAAUUCCAAUCCCUCUUGUUGACAUCAACUACCUGAUAGAAAGCAGUGGCAGGAAGCUCAUUUCUGGUAAAAUCCCAGAUGCCGGUACCAUCCAUGCCCAUGGAUCUGAAACCAUAAAGGUCCCACUCACUCUGAUCUAUGAUGAUAUAAAGUCUACCUAUAAUGACAUAGAACCAGGCAGUGUGAUUCCCUACAAGGUAAGAGUGGAGCUCAUUGUAGAUUUGCCAGUGUUUGGAAACAUCACCCUUCCAAUGGAGAAGAAUGGGGAGAUACCCGUGCCUUACAAGCCAGAAAUAGACCUGCAAAAGAUCAAGUUUGAUAGCUUCUCUUUUGAGGAAACAAGUGCCACACUUUUCCUGAAGGUGGAAAACAUGAAUGAUUUCGACUUGGCCUUGAACUCAUUGGAGUAUGAGAUGUGCCUUGGGGAGGUAAGUAUUGGUGGUGCUCGCCUCUCCAAGUCUGCAGUCAUUGGGAAGAAGGGCAGUGGGGUUGUUGAGCUACCCAUCUCCUUCAGGCCCAAAGAAUUUGGGUCUGCGCUGUGGGAUAUGAUGAGAGGCAAGGGGACAGGGUACUCCAUGAAGGGGAGCCUAGAUGUUAACACUCCAUUCGGUCCCAUGAAGCUGCCAUUCCAUCGGGAAGGUGGAAGGACAAAACUUAAGAAAGCAGACGACCAUGACAGUGGGAAUGAGGACUGAUGGAAUCCAUCUACAAAAAUUUCAGCAGAAUUCAACUUUUCCCUGCUAUGUAGUUCUUUGGGAAGGGAACAUCCUAAGAACUUUAGCGGAUCAAUUUUUUAAUUAGCUUUAAUAAAUGUUCUAAAGACUGUUAUCUAAAUUGAAUCAUAAUUUAUUUUCACCCACAUGUUUGAAGAAAUCACAUAUAUCA